AUGCGCUGCUCCUCCUCAACCUCACUCGGUACCAAGGACACCAAGGACACCAAGGACACCAAGGACGCCAAGGGUACACACACCGAAGACCCCAAAGACCCCAAAAUCAUAGUCCACUGCGAAGCAGGCGUCUCCCGCUCCGCGACCGUAAUCGCCUACUAUCUAGUCCACGAGUGCAACCUAAGCCUCAAAGAGGCCCUAGCACUACUGGUGCGCGCCCGCCCAGACGUCAGGCCCAACACGGGGUUCUUCCGGCAGCUUGUCGAUAUUGAGGUUGAGACGAGGGGCAAGGCAAGUUUGGAGGUCGAGAGGUUCCCGACGAUUAAGGAGGAGAAGUGGGCUUUGCUUGGGAUUGAGGUGGAGGAUGAUGAUGAGAGUGAGUAG